ACACGCCACAACUUCACUCUAGCACCUACUGCAACCCUACAACGACUUGUUGCGAACCUUAACGGUUCUUAGCGGGCUCCUUGUGCGACUGUAUCCAGUACGCCGGAUGAUCUUUCACCACCGGCGCAAUGAUCGUCAACGUGUCUGUGAAGCCUCUCCUCACCAGCGCUGCAGCGUGGUAAGCGGGCGCUGACGAUGCUGCAAAGUCAGUAUGACUGCGAUGUAAGUUAUAAACCUGUGUCUCCUUUAUAAGUUGAUGUGCGAUGGCAUACCGGCUUUGCUCAGGUCUCUAUCUAAAUUCGCAAGUCGACAUGGCUGCUAUACGUACCUUCUGCGUGCUCCUAGGCCUCUAUUUUGCUGGGGUGAAUGCUUCGCCGACAAAACGAGCUUCGACUCCCAUCUCCUCCAUCACCUCCAGCCAAUGGGCAGCGCUCAAUCAGUCCGUUGGCGGUAGGCUCGCUGUCGGCUACCCUCUGGCGAAGCCUUGCUACAGUCUAUACAACGGCAAGCUCAACAUUCCCGACUUAGCUCAAUGCAGUGCGGUUCAAAGUGGCUACACCGAUGAGAUGUACAUAGCCACCCAGUAUGCGGGCUAUCAGAACACCAACUGGGGUUUCUGCCAAGCAAAGGGCCAAGAUUGCGGCCUCGACUUCAACCUUCCAUCCGAUCCAACGUACUAUGUCGCUCCGAAUAACUGCAACCAGGGCUCAGUGCCGAACUACUACAUCAGGGUCCAGCAGGUCUCCGAUGUACAAGCUGCGCUUGCGUUCGUCAAAUCUACCGGCGUGCCCCUCGUGAUCAAGAACUCUGGACAUGACUACAAGGGACGCUCAUCCGCGCCCAAUGCCUUGGCACUCUGGACGUACAAUGUACAGCCUGCCAUCACCAUGCAGAAAAACUUUCAACCUGAGGGGUGCGCAGCACCCUCUGGUAUUGACGGUGUAACUAUGGGUGCUGGCCAAGGCUUCGCUGGCGUCUACGCCUUUGCGGAAGCGAACAAUAUCACCAUCGUUGGAGGCUCUAGUCGCACUGUCGGUGCGACUGGUGGUUGGAUCUCCGGUGGCGGUCACGGAGCAUUGUCGAACACACUUGGGCUUGGUGUCGACAACGUCUUGCAAAUCAAGGCUGUCUUGCCGAAUGGGACGUAUGUGACCGCAAACCGCUGCCAGAAUCAAGAUAUCUUCUACGCCCUUCGUGGCGGUGGCGGUAGCACGUUCGGUGUAAACAUGGAGAUGACGACAACCGCUCAUCCCCAGGUCACUCUACAAGUGGCGUAUAUCCGCUUCCUUUCCGCCGACAUAAACAGCAUCAACAAGUUCAUCUCGCUCUGCGUGAUGAACGCCGAUAAGUGGGCGACAGAAGGUUGGGGCGGUUACAUCGCUCCUGGAGCCCAAUCUGUGUUCGCCUCCGGCAUGAUUCUGAUGACCCCAAAACUGAACCACAGUGCCGCGGUGGCAAGCAUGAAGCCGAUUACAGACUACGUCGCAUCCCUUGGCAACGUGCCGUUGAACAACGAGGUUGACACGAGCCCGUCGUUCUACCAGGCUUACAACACCUACAUCUUGCCGAACGAGGAGAAGGUUGGGUUAGGUCUCGCGCUUGGGAGUCGACUGCUGCCGCGUGAUCUGUUCACCACCACAGCCGGCCAGCAAAAAGUCACGACGGCUCUCCAGCAGGUUGCACAGAUGGUAUCCGUGCUCGGCGCCACAAACACCAACCCGGAUCUUCGUGCCAUUGCCUACGGCGGUCCGCUGCAAUUCCUGGUGACGGCUCCAUCUUCAUACCCCAACAACGACACCGUCCCGUCGUCCAUCACACCCGCCUGGCGAUCUGCGAUCUGGCACACGAUUGCAGGUCCAGGUAUUCCGAACAAUGCCAAUGCAGCAACGUUUGCGUCAGCAUUCAAGACAGCCCACGACGCUGCAACGGUGCUCCGUAAUCUUGCGCCAAACAGCGGCGCGUAUCAGAACGAAGCAGACGUCUACGAGCCUGAUCCGGCGACUACCUUCUGGGGUACGGACAACUACAAUCGGCUUUUGUCGAUCAAGAAGCAGUUGGAUCCGAACAAUAUCCUGACGUGUUGGGACUGCAUCGGAUGGGACAGCACCGACGCCAGAUAUGGCUGUUACCCGCCGGCUCCGUCGUAAAAUGACCUUAAUGAUGUGAUGUCGAAAUGAAGUAGUUUUGUAACAAUAUUGCCGUACUGCC